AUGUGGAAGUCUUUGGCACGGGAGGCUGGUAUUGCCGUGCCAUCCAACGCUUUCUCGAAACCACGUUCACAAACAACUAUUAACGAAGCGAGCAAAUGUUCAAAAUGUGGUGAACCUCGUACUUCUAUUGGUUGGUGUAAACCCUGUGACACAGCUAGAUUAAAGGCACAAUUUGGCAACUGGACGAGUGGCAACGAGGAACUAGAUAACUUCAUUAAGGAAACUCAAAUCAAUGCAAACACUCCCUUUGAUUAUAUCCGAUGGAUCCCCUUCGAAAGCUUUGAAAACUUGGAGUUUAUUGCGAGAGGUGGUUUUGGUUCGGUCUAUUCUGCAAAAUCCGAAAAUUGGGGAAAGGUGGCCUUGAAGUUUCUUGAUAAAGUUGGAGGUUUAACGAGAGAUUUUCUUGAUGAGGUUCGAUCUCACCACAGAUGUAGUCUUGGAUCUGGUAUUAUCGACUGUUAUGGUGUCAGCAAAGAUCCCGAAACAGAUAGAUAUGUGAUGGUAAUGAGAUAUGCGGAACAAGGAAGUCUACGUCGUUACCUUACUGCCUAUUUCUCAGAAUUGUCUUGGGACGCGAAAAUUGAACUGUUCGAGCGUAUCGCUAAAGGUCUUCGAGGAAUUCACGAGGCCGGUUUGGUGCAUCGCGAUUUCCACAGUGGAAACAUUCUAAGACAUGAGAAGUUGGUUUAUGUCACCGAUUUGGGAAUGUGCCGUCCGGCGGAUGAAUCAGUAGACGUUCAUUAUGGUGUCCUACCGUAUGUGGCUCCCGAGGUCUUAAGAGGUUCCCCUUACACGCAAGCUGCAGACAUAUACAGUCUAGGCAUGAUAAUGUGGGAGAUGUCAUCUAACGAACCUCCAUUCGCCGACCGAGCUCAUGAUUACACUUUAGCCCGCGAGAUUUGUAUGGGCCUAAGGCCUCCAAUCAUUUCCGGUACACCCAAAGGUUAUGUGGCUGCGAUGCUUCGGUGUUGGGACGCAGAUCCGCUAAAGAGACCUACAGUGAACGAAUUAUUAAGUGUCUCUUACAAAUGGCGUUACCUAUCAGAUGGUAAAGCACCUUUCCAAGGUCCGAAAACCAAAAAAGUAAAAACCAGUCAUAUUCCCAAGGCGAUAUCUACUGGUCAGCACCCCCAGGCUUUUUACACGAGUAGAUUGUUACACUAUCCCAAUCUUCCGGAACCAAUAAAUUCCGACUUUUACACACUUUUUGAUUCCGAAACUGGAGAAUUACACAACAUGGUCCGAAAGCAACCAAACAAGAGGGAGCCCACGAGAUCAUCAACAAUGACGUCAGAAUAUUCGUCGCGAUCCACCACCGAAAAAGGUAAAGAAAAGGUCGGUGAAGGCAAUCCACCUGGUCAUCGAAGAGAAGCUAUAUCACGAAGUAUGACCAUGGGAAAAAUCGAUAAGGAAAUGAUUGAUAAAAUAAGGGCCGAACGUAAAAAAUUGUCGCAAUACCGAUGGUCAUCAAUCAUCAACGAAGUUCCUCAGCAAGUUGAAUUAUCAUCCUUUGAUAAAAUUCACAAAGAUUAA